AUGCAACCAGAGCCAACUGCCGUGCCUCAACAUACACCCCCCGUUGACUCAUCCCCAAUCGAUACCAGUUCCACCCAGCAUGGACUUGACCUCGAUGACGCUCAAGUCUCUGAUUUUCUUUUGUUUGAGGAAAUCAGAGACUCUGCAGACGUCCCGAGCAUGUCAACACAAAAUGAAAAUAACCUGUCCUUGAACAAGCUCAAGAGUCACCCCGCCCCACCCUCGGCCGAUCGAGUGAGCAAGUAUGAGAAAACUCGAACUUUUCCUGAACAAGAAACAGAUGCCGGUUUCCGUGUACUGGCUUUAAGUGGAAAAUCGCAUGUGUCUCUUGAGACAUGCCCAAAUGAGGUGCUCACCCAUAUCCUAUCGCAUUUACCACCACAGACCUUGUCUGCUAUGACAUUGGUGUCCCGUCGAUUCCAUUCCCUGGUCACCACCCCCCAUGCUUGGAGAAUCGCCUUCUCGCGAUUCUUCCCUGGACCACAUGCUGUCGAGGAUGGUCGGCGUUCCACUACCCACGAGGCAGACCUGCAGUCGGACAGGCGAUUCUUUGCGAGACUCACCGCGCUGGCAUCCUGGCGCAGUGAAUACAUCUUGCGCACUCGAUUGAUGCGGUCGUUAGCCCGGGGCAAACCGGCACAAUUCGAGCCCUCCAAGAAACAUGGAACUGUGCGCGCAGCGAGUGUUCGUCAUGGCAGUGCGGUAGCUACGUAUACAUCACAACUUCUAUUCCCGGUCAGCCACAUUCAUGGCACGUUUAAUCCUGGCAAGCAUCCUCUCUUCAUCCACGGUGCUGCAGAACAGGGUAUUGCAUCUGCCAGUGACCCGUCGACCGUGAAAGUUGGGACUUGGGGUAUUUCUGAUCACCAGAUGUUCCGUCACUUUGCCGAUCUGUUCCCCGGGGAAGCCCAACACGGCCUCGGAUCAGGUGAUAUGGUCGGCGUAUCCAAUGUAAUGGAUAUCAGUCAACCUUAUGGUAUGGUCUACGGCGAGGGCUGCCCUCAAGGGCGCAGCUACUUUAUCGCAAGGACGGAACAGCGCGGUCGCUUUUUGGGAGCUUCGGAUUUAGGUUCUCAGCCAUUAUUCGGUAUUCCCGCCGUGAACAUGAUCACGCAUGCUGUCUGCUCGGUCUGGAUCGCCAAGUCCUCUCAUGUCCUCAAGAUGACUCAAGGACUUGUGGGCAUGCUUUCGGGCUCGUCUUCAGGCGUGUUAACUGCGUACUCUAUUGGUUCUCAUCCGACUUAUGAUCGGCGAUAUGAGCCGGGCCAAGUGACUGCCAAGUGGGUUCUCUGUCCUGGUGUUCCUAUUAUUGGCAUUGCUGUCGAUGAUCUAUAUUCACCCACGCGUCAGUCAAGAAAGCGUAUCUGGGCGGUUGCUCUCAAUGCGCUAGGAGAAAUCUUCUACCUUACUGAUCUUCCUCGAUCCCCUGAGAUUCCGGUAUCAGCCAAACUCAACCCCGAACAGCUUGAUGAGCUGGCUUGGAAAACUGGUAGGAGUGUGCAUUGGGCUAUGGUCGAGAUGAGCAGACGUGUGGCACGCACAGACCCGUUCAACCGUGAAUCGGUUGAUGGCAGCUACAGUCCACGGUCCUCGUCGGAUUCCAUGGGCCUCAAUGAGCAUCAGGUUGCCGUCGAAACGAAGGAGAUCGAGAAGUUCAUGUCGUUUAAACCAAAACACUUCCGCAAGACCUGUGAAAGCUGGGAUAUGCAGCGCGAUCUGAAAGUGGACUUUGCUGGCGAUGAUGGGCGUGGGGCAGGCGAGUCGGUCAUUAUCAUCGCCCGCGGCUCGGGCGAAGAUUCAAGGGCAUCGGUCCGCCGGUUCAUGCGCACCGCAUGUGAAUCUGGUUCCAAGCCGUCAACUACACCAGAGCCGUUCAUGAGUGCCAUGGAAGCCCCACCGUCACUAUUCGGCGGCCCAGUCAAUAUGCCAACGCCCAAAAUCACCGGCAAUCUUCUCCCUUCACAAGCCUCCGACGCAUUAGGUUCAGCUUCAAUUAAAUGUGGAUGGUGUCUAUCAGAGUUUGUUUUUGGUGAUCGCAAACCUUCGGAGGUGACCACCAAUGCAUUGGAUGAAUCCUCCUUCGCAACUGUCACAGCUGACGAGGAUCCUCUUUUGGCCAUGUCUAGCAGUUCUCGUUCGUCUGCAACAGCUUCCCCAAUGCUACCUCAUAUGGAUCAACCGCAGUCGGCUUUGGAAGUUCCUGGGCAGCGAGCUCGAUAUCUAACCGUGGGAAGCAACACGGGUAUGGUGUUCGUUUGGGACAUCCGAGCCCCAGCAGCGAGAUCUUCGGAUGUCAUUAAUACCAUACUCCCACUGCGUACUAUCCAAACCGACUCGCCCCAGGUGUCUUGCCUAGCAAUCACGUCUCUGUACCUUGUCCAUGGCGGUAAUGAUGGUCUCGUUCAGGCUUGGGAUCCGCUAGCGUCAUCUACCAAGCCGAUUCGCACAAUCAAUUCCCGGUUUUCGACUCGGGCUCGUCGUCGGCUUGUGCAGGCAGAGGCAUCCAUCCUGGGGGUCGGUAAUAAUUACUACGCUACAGGCGCCAUCUGCCUUGAUACAGACCCAACGGUACUGCGUGGAAUGGUUUCCCUCGGCACACAUUUACGAUAUUGGUCUUACAGUUCUUCCGAGGCUGAUCAGUACAAGCCUAGCAAGCGCCGCCUUCGCCGCUUGAUGCGCGGCGACAACGGAAUACCUGAGGGUCAACGCUUCAACAACAGUGGCCGGGGUGAAGUCGAGGAUUUUAUUGAAGACGAGCGCAUAGACAUGGAGCGCCAGAUCAUUGCCGAUGAGAAAGAACGAACACACUUGAGCAAGCGUUUCGGUGUUGAUCUUCUAGGUCCAGAUAUCGACGACGAACAACUUCUAGCAUAUGCGCAACUCCUGAGCGAGGAAGCCUAUUCUGGUGAUGUGGCAAAACCGAGCAACAGCGCAGCGAUCUCCAGCUCAGCUACAAGUGCUUCAUUCGAUACUGUUGGUCCCAGUUUCUUUGGCCCUGGCGAGGUUUCAUCCUCUUCGUCUCCCUAUCAAGGUCCAGCAGACAAUGACGACGACGAACUUGCCGAGGCAAUCCGGCUUAGCCUGCUUGAUGAGCAAGGCACUGCUUCGCCAUUUGACCUCACGCCGUCUAUCCCUAUCAAGUAUGCCAAGAGAUUGCAUCGACCUCGCCAGUCAUCUCCUGGAUCUGAGGAGGCUGAGAGCAGUAGACAACAGGAGAUGGAUGAUCUAGAGUUCGCAAUCCAAUUGAGCUUGGUCGAGGGCAAGCGUCGUGAUGAUGGCGAGGAAGAUUGGGAGGAGUUCCCAGCUCUCGCAUCAGGCUCAAUAUCUGCCUCGCCGUCAGGUAAGGGCAAAGGCAAGGCGAGGGCGGUCUAA